AUGCUGCUAGCAGAGGCGCAACAAAUGUUCCGUCAACCUCGUAAACGGAUCCAAGGCGCCUCCGACGACGACUUCUGUAAGGAAGGAGUGAGUUCCACUUUCACCACCUUCACAUCUAGCGAGUUUUUGGACGAUACCCCCACCACAGCCUUCGGUUCACCCUCAACCGCCUUCACCAAGGGCUUUGUCUGUGUCACUGGACCCUUCUCCAUCGGUGACCACCUUGGCCACCAAAACCAGACCUUCCUUUUGACCUCCGGGAACCUUGCCUGCGACCGCUCACCCGGGGACCCAUCCAAGUGGCACGGGCGCCAACUAGGAACCUCAGAGCGACUCGUUCUCCAGGCGGACGACCAACGGCUCUACCACCAAGACCGCCUCAGCCGCUUCGACCCCGACACCAUGCGCCUGAUCAGAUUGAGCCAGCAUAUUGAGUACUACCUCAACGGACCGCACAGUCUCUACUAUCACGACAACCACACCAUCGAGACCCUCGUCGCCAUGCUCAAAAUUCUCCAUGUAGACGACGGUCUGCACAAGCAUCUUGAACGGAUUCCUGAAUCAGUGGCUCUCGUCCGUUGCGAUAUCCCGUUCUACAAUCCUCUCAAGCCCGAGAGAAAGGAAAUUAUCGAACAGGUAGUCGUCGAACACUAUCGAUCGCCCUGGACGAAGAAAUGGGCUUGUCGUGUCCGGGUCGCACAGGUGCAGAAUCCUCAUCUUUGGUUCUUGUCUCUUGCCAAUGGAGCUGAGAACUCGGACGAGUCCUUCUUUGAUGGCUACAUCUCCAUCAAUCACGAGACCCAGACUUUCCAGGCCACAACAGCCCCCAUCGUUGCCGCUGUGACUUCAGUCGCUGCGGACCUCCCUCCUGGCUUUGGUGCCUCGACGGAUGUCGAUAUCCAGCCUACCGUCACCCCCGCCUUCCUCUCUGCUUUGCCUAGUACGUCCUUUUGCCCUCCUGGAGUUUCCGAGUUUGUCUCACUGGCUCAACCCCACCUGUCGGUUACCACCCAAGUAUCACUCGACACCUCUGACCCCAGUCUCGGGACCACCGACCUCGACACCACUCAACACCAUGGUGGUAUCGUUUCGCCCGACGACAACGACAAUACCUUUGGUCAACCCUUCACCACGACCAAGGUCAGGGGCAAGGCAAUCAAGUCAUUUUCGUGUCCUUAUCCUGGCUGUUUCUUGUCAUUCACCAAGAAGGGCAACCAGAAAACCCACACGAUAAAGCACUACGAAAAGUUUCAUUGUCCUUCCUGCCAAUGCGCUUUCAGUCAAAAAACCGACCUCGACAGACACGACCAAAAAGUCCAUCUGGGGUGGCGAUGGAAGUGCAACCACUGCUCGCGGUCGUUUACACGGGAGUCGGUAGCAGGAAAUCAUACUCGUUGUCACGCGAAUGGACAACCGCCAGCUGUCGAAAAAGUGACACUCCCCCCUGAGGUAUGCCGCCAAUGCCGACCACCAGAAGACCACCAGUCACGCCCAAAACGCCAGCGCCAGCAAUGCAAGCAACAUUAA